CAUGGUGUCGGUGAAUUUAUACGAUUCAUGAUUACCAAUUUGCCGAGAAGACCGUAAGAGUCUAACUAGAGCACAGGACCACUAGACAUAACUAAACUUAUAUUGUCUCAACGGCUUGACUUUUGUGUGUUUCAACAAAUUUCUCGUCUAGUAAAUUUGUUUAGCAUACCGGCAAGAUUGCUUCGUGCGCCGAAUUCGCUAUGCAGCCAGGGUUUCCCUCGGCUCAUCCUAGCUCUGGGAUGACGGGCAAUAUGAGCAUGAUUCAUUCGAUGUUCCCGGAACAAAAUUACUACCGAGGCUAUUCUGGCAUGAUGUCAAUGUACGGAGCGGAACAGUACGCUACCAACAUGAUAGCCAGGCCUUAUGGACCUUAUCCAACGCAUAACCACAACCCAAGGGACAUGGUGAAACCUCCGUACUCUUACAUAGCUCUCAUCGCUAUGGCUAUUCAGAAUGCUCAGGAUAAGAAGAUUACUUUGAAUGGAAUCUACCAAUUCAUAAUGGAUCGUUUUCCAUACUAUAGAGAAAAUAAACAGGGCUGGCAGAACUCUAUUCGCCAUAAUUUAUCUCUGAACGAAUGUUUUGUCAAAAUUCCACGAGAUGACAAGAAACCAGGUAAGGGUAGCUACUGGACCCUCGAUCCGGACAGUUAUAAUAUGUUUGAUAAUGGAAGCUACCUUAGGCGGCGUAAACGGUUUAAGAAGAAGGAUGCAUUGAAAGAUAAGGAAGAUCGACAGAGGGUCCAAGAUACAAUGAUUCCAGGCAUUCAACAGCAAUCGCUAGCAUGUAAAGACUCUAUGGGUAGCUCAGAAAAUCUGAAUAAUUCGAACUCGGUGGCUGCUAGCCCACCUAGUAUUCAUAGCAACCCUGGUAGCAACUCAUCUAUCACGAAUGUUACGCCAAAGAUCGAACCCUUAGACUCUCCUAAUAGCAUGUUGACAGACACUACGCAACAAACAGCGCGAGGACUAUCUGCCAAUCCACUUGACUCAAGUCCACCACCUACUGGUGGAAACUUUACUGUUGAAAAUCUUAUGACUAUACAAAGAGACAAUGCAGCGGACCUGAGCACUGCGAAUACUAGCCAAGGCAUACCAUCUCGGGCGGUUGAUCAUUUAGUAUCACCACAACCAGUUUCGUUCUCGCAACAUCAGCCCAUGUACACCACACAUUCUUAUACAAAAGGUAGUGAUCAUCUGAAUUAUCAUUGUAGCCUGAACAAUACUUCGCAAAAUAUGUACACUCAUGAAGUUGUAGGCAAACAUAUGUCUAUAGCUCCCACACCCGAAGAGCUUCAUCAUCAACAAGACGUCAUACCCAGGCAUAGCCCACAUGGACAAACUGCUAUGUCGCAUACGAAUGGUACUUCAAGUUUACGUUCAAACCCAUGGUACCACGGGACUGAUCUUCGGAAUACCUCUCCUACGACACCUUACUCGGGUAUGUACGACUCAUCUCGUUUACUAGGCUCCGCAGCACCUAAUCAGAGUUGCCAACUUUCUUCAAGUUAUAGAUCAACGCCUUCGACUCCCGUGUAUCCAACAUCAGGCCCAUAUCCUGCUUACGACUAGGGUCUAUUUAACAUUUAAAAACUAUCGUCAGUCGGAUGUUACGAGUAAGAUGAACACUGCUGCUACUGUUGUUUCAAAGUGCACUUUAUUGAUUUCCUUACAUUUCGACUUCAAAUUUAACGGUGGGUUGUUUAACUUCUGACGUAUACCGUACUGACUAUAGUAGUCUUUAGUUUAGUUAUGAUCAUUAAAAAAAUGAUUUAUUAUUACAUUUGUUAUUAACUGUUAAUUAAAUGAAAUGAUUGGCAAUACUCAGUUAAUCUAAUUAUUAAUCGUUGAGGGUCCAUUUGUACUUGCAAAAAAUGCGACUAGAAACACGAAUCAGUGUAAGUCAUGUCACGCAAUUUGAUAAAUGUCAGCCGUCACCGAAGGGGUCGCUUCGGAGAUUGUUUACACCGAAGUAAUAGGAUGGACCCAAUUAAAACUUCACUGAGGUAGCAUGUAAGUGGACUGGUAAACUUUUAUAAAAUAGAACUUUCAAAUGUAGUCAUACAAAUUCAAAAACAAUAUAGAACCGGUGGUAUUUUUUGUGAUUUAGAAGAGAACACAUUUACAGUAUUUCCAAAGUAUGUUUCAAAAUUAAUUGGCUUGACAAUCCGCAAUAAGCAACAAUUUCUAUAUUUACUUGUAAUAAUAAUAUUUUAAAAUGUCGAUUUUAACAGUAGGUAUUACUUGACAGAUUUCCUAAAAUUUGUUUAAAUAUGAUUUGGAACCAACAGCGCAUUUUAUAAAUUUAUUACGGAAAGUUCUUUUUAAAGAAAAUACUUUCAAAAUAUUUGAAUUGUCAAUACUCAGAAUAAAUGCUAUAAAAAACUUCGUACUAGCUGACAAACAUAGUUAAGAUAAUUGCGAUUGACAACGAACGAGUAAACGGAUUUUAAGUUAUUUUAAUGUCACUAGAAAAUGAGAGUUUUCUGCAAUUUAUACGUAUAUUAUCGUACUCACGGUUUUAAAAAUACAGUAAAAAUUCAUUUUUUAAAUAUUUUUUUCCGAGAUAAUAGACAUUGUUAGAAAACAUUUUACGUCUUUAUUAUGUUAUUGGAGGUUCGUGGCGGUGUACAUUUUGAAGUUUUUUUUCCGUUAUUAGUUGUUUUUUAUUUCUGGACAGUGUAUUGAAUAAUUUAUUUAAAUUGCAAUUUUGUUUGUACGGUGAAUUAUAAUAAGUUGUAUAUUUUAAAACACUUUAGAGGUAUAUUUAUCGUUGAGAGUAGCGGAGAUGUGAACCAUAGAAACACUUUGAAUCAUUUUUUGUUAUGUGUCGGGUUUUUAUUUUAACUCAGUUAUUUUUCAUAAUAGCAGACGUAAGUAUACUGUAUGAACGUUGAGAAAGAGCAUGUUUAACUGGUCGAAAUUAUCACCAUUUUCGCUAAAUGAUUCUAUUUUUGGUGACGGCUAUCUCAUGAAUAAAUAAAUGAAUUCUUUGUGAUUCUAUGAAAACAGA